GCUCUUGCCGGUCUCUUGUCUCUAGCGCUAUGCUCGCUAUGCUACCCGUGGUCCAGAAUAACAGCAGGUCGGGCCGCCUUCUUUCAACGCUCUACGUCACAUUCAGCUUCCUAGUAAACGAAUUCAAAUAGAAUACAGCCCCAUCUUCCCGCAACACUGACAAGGUCAGCGACCAAGGACCACAUACCACAUUUGGGGAUAGACCGCGCCUAUAUUCGCAAAAGUAAACAGUGAGCGCUGAGAGCCAGCUGGGUCAGAGAUGCCACCCCCUGCCGCAGGCCCCCCAGCAGUGACCCCUCCGGACGGGGGCUGGGGCUGGGCCGUGGUCCUGGGAUCCUUCAUCUCCAUCGGCUUCUCCUACGCCUUCCCCAAGGCCAUCACCGUCUACUUCAAGGACAUCCAGAAGAUCUUUGAUUGCUCCUACAGCCAGAUAGCAUGGAUCUCCUCCAUCAUGCUGGCCGUCAUGUACGCAGGCGGUCCCAUAAGCAGUGUACUGGUAAACACAUAUGGCUGCAGACCUGUCAUGAUCAUGGGGGGAGUACUGUCUUCUAUCGGGUUGAUAUCCGCUUCCUUCUGCAACAGCGUGGUGGAGCUUUAUGUUUGCAUCGGUCUUAUAGGAGGCCUGGGCCUAGCCUUUAACCUUCAGCCAGCCCUGACUAUGAUUGGCAAGUACUUCUAUAAGAAGCGUCCCAUUGCUAACGGAAUAGCCAUGGCCGGUAGCCCAGUGUUCCUGAGCAGCCUAGCCCCUUUCAACCAGUACCUGUUCAACUCCUUCGGCUGGAGGGGCAGCUUCCUCAUCCUGGGGGGCAUACUGCUCAAUUGCUGUGUGGCUGGCGCCCUGAUGAGGCCCCUGGGGCCACCGCUGGGCAAAAUCAAGAAGGAUGAGGAGUUGGUCGUUGCCAAAACCGCCACCAAGAAGAAGGAGACGACCACUUGUUUGGGGACUGUCAACAAGUUCAUUGACCUGUCGCUUUUCAAGCACCGCGGUUUCCUCAUCUAUCUGUCGGGCAACGUCAUCAUGUUCUUGGGCUUUUUCUCACCAAUCGUCUUCCUGACAGCCUAUGCCAAGGACAUAGGCGUGGACGAGUACUCGGCCGCCUUCCUGCUCUCCAUCCUGGCCUUCGUGGACAUGUUUGCCCGGCCCUCCAUGGGGCUCCUGGCCAACUCGAAGUGGAUCCGGCCCAGAAUCCAGUACUUCUUCAGCUUCGCCGUGCUCUACAACGGGGUGUGCCACAUCCUCUGCCCCCUGGUGGAGAGCUACACAGGCCUGGUGGUGUACGCCGUGUUCUUUGGCUUUGCGUUCGGCAUGGUCAGCUCGGUGCUGUUUGAGACCCUGAUGGACCUGGUGGGGGCUCAGAGGUUCUCCAGCGCCGUGGGGCUCACCACCAUUGUGGAGUGCUGCCCUGUCCUCAUUGGUCCACCCCUGGCAGGUAAACUGGUGGACAUCACCAAAAACUACAAGUACAUGUAUUUCUGCUGUGGGGCUGUGGUGAUCAUGGCCAGUAUUUGGCUGUUCAUCGGCAACUUCAUCAACUACAGACUCCUGGCCAAGGAGCGCAAGCAGGAGGAGAUGUACAAACGGACUGAAACCGAGGACCCCGACCGGGACCAGGACCAAAAGGAGACAGACGGGGACGCCCAGGCCUUGGAGGACAUGGUAGACCCCAAAGAUGAGGACGCCAUGCAGAGGGAGACCAACAUCUAGAGCCCCUCCCUACUGCCAACCACACCCCCCUCCACCACUACCCUCACGUCCCCCUCUGCCACUAUCAAACUGCAGACUGAGCUCAAGUGGGGUGCCUCCUGGUCUUUCACUCUCCAGGGUACUGCUCAGGGGCCUCCCCGCAGGGGCCCCUUUGUUUCAGAGACACUCAAACUGCCAAAGUAACAACGACAACCAUGUCGUGGGAUACUGCGAGGCGUAUUGCUGGAGGAAGGGGUGACUGCCCUGACUACUACUCAGACAUCAGACUAGCCGAAGAUAAUGGUGUAAGAUGCAUGUUAGGAGGCCACAAGGCUUGGAAUAUGAGAAAGAAGCUUUUGUCGCGUAUCUAGGAAUCUGUGCGACCUGUUGACAGAAAUCUAGUCCUGCUCAUGUAUUUAGUCUGUGACACUAAACCUACCACACCAGCAACCCAAUUCAACUGUUCUGAUUGAAAUCAAUACAGGUUAAUAUCCCAACUUCCUAUGCUGGGAGCUGACAAGCGAGGACACAUAAUGUCCGUUAGUACCAGGGUUAUGGUGAGAGACAGAUAUCGUUGCAACACAGGAACAGAGAUGAGUUCAUGGUUUGGUGGCUCCAGUGACCAUGUAUUAUACUGUUCUUUAGCGCACUGUGUCAGUUGUGUUCGUUAGCUAAACCUGCACAUCUGCCAAGCUUCUCAUCUAACGAUAACACACCCGCUGUUUUAUUCACUAUUGCAUAUUGCACAUGGAGUCCGUAUACGCUGCACUACUUCUAAACUGGCCAUGUUUAGGCCUCGUCCAAAACAACAAUGAAACAAAUGCAAUUUAAUCAAAUUUAAUGAGGUUGAAUGUAAAUGAGUUUUAUUGGCUGUAUUUUCAAUGGCCUUAUUAAGAAUACUUGAUAUUCACAAUCAAAAUCAUCUAGAAAUGUGCAUAUUGCUGGUUUAUACCAAAUAAAGAAUCCAUGAGCAAUAUAACCUAUUCCUAGCCAUUGUUUUGAUGUACGUACAGUAUAAACAGGGAUAUUCAUUUGUGUAGUCAAUGGUCAUUUCUGGGAGUAGCUGUUUAACUUUCCCCAAUGAUACAUUGCCUUAUGUAAAGAAUGCAUCUAAGUUGUGUCAUAUAUACAGUACCAGUCAAAAGCUACUCAUUCAAGUGUUUUUCUUUAUUUUUUACUAUUUUCUACAUUGUAGAAUAAGAGUGAAGACAUCAAAACGAUGAAAUAACACAUGGAAUAAUGUA